AAAUAAUUUGGAGAGAACAAAAAAAACAGUCAAAGCACCAAACUCAACCAAAGUGCUUGACGCAAAGGCGAUGAAGCAACAAAAGCAAUUGUUAAGGUUGUAACUUGUAUCAUCAUUCAUUUCAUCUGUGUUGUGUUGUACGUGUGAUUUCCAUUGCCGCCACCGAUUACCCACCAACUGAUAUACAUAACCUCUUCACCUUUCCCUCCUUCCCUAAUUUAUCACUAAAAAAACAAACAAAUAAAAAAAAAGUCCACUAAGUUGGGGCACGUCACCCAUCUCGCCCUUCCCCUCGCUCAUCUCAAAUCCAUGCUUCGGAAUUAGGGUUUCCAUUCGGAUUUCGUAAGUCUGGUGCCCAAUUUCGUGACUCCGAGCGACGUAAAAGGGGAAGGGAAAGGGAUGAGGAUUUGGGGAUCGGAGAUCGUGUUCGCCAUAUUGCUCUGUGGGACCCUUUCAUGCACCGCUCAAGCUCAUCACAUCACUGCCAGCACCUGCCCGGCUCGCUCCAUCCUCGAUUUCGUGUUAGGGUUUUCAGAUUUCACAUGCCAACUUCCCAAUUCUCUUGGAUCCAUUGCCGUCACCGAGGGAGAUGAGGUUUCUUUGCAGAAGGUUCUGAAUAUGGUUCACAAGAACAAUCAUGAGCACGUGGCUGUGCUCUUCUAUGCGUCCUGGUGUCCUUUCUCACAGGUGUCUAGACCGGUUUUCUCCAUCCUCUCUGCCCUGUACCCUUCCAUUCUUCAUCUUGCCAUUGAAGAAUCAUCAGUUUGGCCGAGCACACUGUCCAAAUAUGGUGUCCAUAGUUUCCCUACACUGUACAUCUUGAAUUCUACCAUGCGGGUUCGGUAUCAUGGGUCUCGGACGCUUGGCUCGCUCAUUGGUUUCUACAAUGAUGUUACUGGGAUUAGGAUUGAUUCACUUGAUGAACUAUCACUUGAGGAAAUUGGCCGUUCAUCUGCUGAUAAGAGUCAUGGUAACAGUGAGUCAGAAAGUUCUCCAUUUUCACAGGCUAGAUCUCCAGAAAAUUUACUAUAUCAGGAGACUUAUUUGGCUCUGGCCACUACAUUUGUGAUUUUGAGAUUACUAUACUUGUUUUUUCCUAAUCUUCUUAUAUGUAUUCAAUAUGCUUGGAGAAGGGUCAUCCAAAAUAUUAGAUUAGGGAGCUUGCUGGAACACCCUUUGAUUUAUUUGAAGCGGCUAACACAGUCAUUUAACCGUUUGAAAGAGCCAUACAAGAGAAGUAAUCUGCAGGAAGGAGCAAUGAAUGCUAGAGCAUGGGCUUCCAAGUCCCUUGCCACCGUUUCAAUUGGAGAGGAAAGCAGCAGCAGCCGUGGGACGCAUCAGUGAGUUGACUGUACUGAGCGGAUUUUCCUUCUUAAAAUUGGAGAUACGAAUAUACCCUAUGAAAGGCUUGGCUGCAAGUUAUGCCAUGUACUUUUGUUUCAGGAUCAUCUUCACCCCCUCUGGCCUCGUGCUUAGUGAGGUCAAUUAUGUUUCUGAGUGAUGUAAUCGUCCCUUAUAUGUCCAUAUGAUCAACAAAUACUUCAUUCAGCGCUCUAGAAGAUUAAGACUUCAAUGUGUAUAGUUUAAAUGUAGCAAACUCGAGCUAAAAUCUGCAAUUUUGUGACAUAUAGGUUUUCUUGAGGGUCAAAUCUUUUGAUCAUCAGUUCAUAUAUUUAUUUUUGUUGGGAAUGAAAUGAUUGUAAAUCCCACAUAAAACUGAUUGGAUGCAUUGUUGAUGUAAUUGGUGCGUGGUUAUUUGCUAAGUUCUAAAAUAAUAAGAUGGUGAUAAUCUGAUCAUGUCAA